CUUGCCCCGGUCUCCAUGCAGCAUAUGUUCCGACAUGUACAGUAAAUGCACUUCCAUGUAAAGCCUUAUCUGAUCGUGGAGCUGCUGCGCGCGCUGUUUCAGAGCAGCAGUGUAUUGUACCGAUGUGAAGUUAAUUCGGCAGAUGGCAGUGUCUGUAAGACGCGUGAGCGCCUCCACGAUGACACUCGCAACACUGUAACACACUGAAACAUUCGAGCGCGGUGCGUGCGGAUACAAUGUAUCGAACCCCACAGAUGCUGGCGAGCCGAAGCAGAAACGCCGACGAGAAUUAAACCUGCGAUGGCUCUCCAUUUCUCUCUCACGUCUCUCGGGGAGCUCCAAUCGCUCGCUACUCGAACCGACAGCUAAUACUGUCAGACACAGGCUGCUGCGUGCUUUACACGGGGCUCAUGGCGGAGUUUGUCACCGAGAACUGCGGGGUCUCAUCGCCGAGCGGUGGCGGGAAAUCCACCCAGCCCGGCGAGGAGGCGGACGGCAGAGCUGCGAGCGAGUUGUCGGUCUCGAACGGUGACUGUGGACAGUGUGCACCCGAGAACCAGGGGCUUGAGACGGCCAACGCGUCUGUGGCGCUGGACGGCAAACCUGGAAUACCACGGAAAGCCAGUAUUAUUAAGGAUGGUUCCAGGCGGUACAAGGAAAGGAAAAAGACGGUGUCGUUCAGUAGCAUGCCAACAGAAAAGAAGAUCAGCAGUGCGAGUGACUGCAUUAACUCAAUGGUGGAUGGGUCUGAACUAAGGAAAGUACGCUCCAACUCCAGAGUCUACCACCGUUACUUCCUCCUAGAUGCCGACAUGCAGUCUUUGCGAUGGGAACCAUCCAAAAAAGAGUCGGACAAGGCCAAGAUUGAUGUAAAAUCAAUUAAAGAGGUCCGAACUGGUAAAAACACAGACACUUUUAGGACCAAUGGGAAUUCGGAUCAGAUUUCAGAGGAUUGUGCAUUCUCAAUAAUCUAUGGGGAGAACUAUGAAUCACUUGAUUUAGUGGCUAAUUCAGCCGAUGUAGCAAAUAUAUGGGUGACUGGACUCAGGUACUUAAUAUCAUAUGGAAAACACACUCUUAACAUGAUUCAGAGCAGUCAGGACAGCAUGCGUGCAUCCUGGCUCGGUGACCUCUUCGAUGAAGCGAACGUCAUUGGUGGAAAAAGCAUUCGUCUUUGUGCAGCCGUACAGCUGAUCAAGAAGUUAAGUCCUGGGUUGAAAAAUGUCAAGAUAGAGCUGAAGUUCAAAGAGUUGCACAAAGCGAAAGACAAAAUCGGUUCCGAUGUGACCAAGGAGGAGUUCAUCGAAGUCUUUCACGACCUUUGCACAAGACCAGAAAUCUAUUUUUUGUUGGUGCAGUUCUCUAGCAACAAGGAAUUUCUUGACACCAAGGACCUGAUGAUCUUUUUGGAGGCAGAGCAGGGCAUGGCCAAGGUGAGCGAAGACAUCAGUGUGGGAAUUAUUCAGAAGUAUGAACCUUCGAAGGAGGGGCAACAAAAGGGAUGGCUCUCCCUGGAUGGGUUUAUCAAUUACCUCAUGUCACCAGACUGCCACAUCUUUGAUCCUGAACAAAAAACAGUAUGCCAAGACAUGAACCAACCCCUUUCUCACUAUUACAUAAACUCUUCCCACAAUACCUACCUGAUUGAGGACCAGUUCAGGGGUCCAUCAGACAUCACAGGCUACAUCCGUGCCCUAAAGAUGGGCUGCAGGAGCGUGGAACUUGAUGUAUGGGAUGGGCCGGAUAAUGAACCGGUCAUUUACACGGGCCAUACAAUGACCUCACAUAUUGUCUUCCGCAGUGUCAUUGACAUCAUCAACAAGUACGCUUUCGUAGCCUCGGAAUUUCCUCUGAUCCUUUGUUUAGAGAACCACUGUUCCUUGAAGCAACAGAAGGUAAUGUUUCAGCACCUGAAGAAAAUACUCGGAGACAAAAUCCACAUGGAUCCUCCAAACCUUGAGGACAACUACCUUCCAUCUCCUUCGGAGAUAAAAGGAAAGAUUCUUGUGAAAGGAAAGAAACUUGCGAGCAACUGUAUCGGCUCAGAAGGCGAGGUGACGGAUGAGGACGAGGGUGCAGAAAUGUCUCAACGGAUGAACAGCGAGGGUGGCGAGCAGCAGACGGUUGUUCAGCCCGAAAAGUUCCAGCUUUCCAAGGAUCUAUCUGACUUGAUAACCUUAUGUAAGUCUGUUCGGUUUAAGGAUUUCCAGACGGCUUUCCAGAACCAGAAGCACUGGGAGCUCUGCUCCUUCAAUGAGGUCUUUGCCAAUCGGUGUGCCACUGACCACCCUGGUGAGUUUGUUAACUACAACAAGAAGUUUCUAGCAAGGGUUUACCCAAGUCCAAUGCGAAUUGAUUCUAGCAACAUGAACCCGCAGGACUUUUGGAAAUGUGGCUGUCAAAUAGUAGCAAUGAACUAUCAAACACCGGGUCUCAUGAUGGACCUCAACAUCGGCUGGUUUAGACAAAACGGGAACUGUGGGUAUGUUUUACGCCCAGCGAUCAUGAGGGAGCAGGUGUCUUAUUUCAGUGCCAAUACUAAAGACUCUGUUCCUGGAGUGUCUCCACAGCUCCUUCACAUAAAGAUCAUUAGUGGACAAAAUCUUCCUAAACCCAAGGGCUCAGGCGCCAAAGGCGAUGUGGUAGAUCCAUAUGUUUAUGUUGAAAUUCAUGGCAUCCCUGCGGAUUGUGCAGAACAAAGGACUAAAACGGUCCAUCAGAAUGGCGACAACCCCAUCUUUGAUGAAAGUUUCGAGUUUCAGAUUAACCUUCCGGAAUUAGCAAUGGUGCGCUUUGUUGUUCUGGAUGACGACUACAUUGGGGACGAGUUUAUCGCUCAGUACACAAUUCCGUUUGAAUGCAUUCAGCCAGGUUUCCGCCACAUUCCCCUCCAGUCGCUGACGGGUGAAGUCCUUCCACACGCCUGGCUCUUUGUCCAUGUGGCCAUUACUAACCGUCGUGGAGGGGGUAAACCUCACAAAAGAGGGCUUUCGGUUCGCAAGGGUAAAAAGGGUCGGGAGUAUGCCACUAUGAGGAUACUUCUCAUCAAGACUGUAGAUGAAGUCUUUAAAUCUGCUGCACAGCCACUUCGGGAGGCCACUGAUCUCAGAGAGAACAUGCAGGUGAGACAACACUUACUUCAUUGAGAAACAAAGUAGUGACUUGUUUUUAACAUGAAUGCCAUAAAGGCUCAGUAUGAUUGCAAAGAUCAAGGUAAAUAUUUUCAAAUCAGUUCUAGUUGACAUUUCUCCCCAAAAUC